CGUAAUUUACACUGUGCACAAGUUACAACUUCAAGGGUAUCUACGCCUAUUACGACUACCACGACUACCACGACUACCACGACUAUCAAGCCAUUCAAACCUCGUCUAGCCCUCCCAUUCAGCAGUUCAAUCUUCCACAUCCAGAAGAACUUCUAGGCCGGGCGCUACUUGUAUAUUGAAUUUCUUCUCGCAUCCAUUCGUCUUCCUCGGUUCGCUGUCAGAGCGCUGCAAGCCCAGCGAUUGUACCUUACAUUUCCAACACAGUUCGUUCUGCUUCUUGCAUACACCCACACUCCCUUGUCUCUUUUUAUUUUAUUCUCUCUGUUCAUUCGCAUUUUGACAUCAAUCUUUCAAUCUCCAACCUCAAUCACGAGAACGGAAAAUAAAAUAAUUAGGAUCUAAGUCUCCACGUUCCAUUACGGUGUCGAAUCCGUCAUUCCCCACCAGACUACUGAGGAUCGACAGCAAUCAACACUAAUUAAUAGCGACGGGAGGAGCCCGAGGUCCAAAUCCUACGAAAAGUAACGGAGUACAAGGACUCAUACGAUCCUUUCGAUUUAUAUACUUUAGGAAAUAAUACAGCUUCAGGCACACCACUCGACAACAAAAACUCCAUCGCUGGCGGUUCCGAGGAUAUUUAAUACAGACACUAGUUGCAUCAGAGAGAAGGGACGUACAUACGCAGAAAAGAUACCGACAAUUCGAAAUAACUUCGCACAACAUACGAGUAUUGCAACACGACAUAAGAACUACUUACACCACUUACAGCUGGUCGCUCACGAAGGCGACCAGCCAGCUACGAAAGAAUAUUGCGAGUAUAUAAUUUUUGACAGAGGAAAGACAUCAUGUCUUUAAAACAGGUUAGUGGAGAGAAAGAACAAAGACAUAUCAGUACUGACCACCUGCGUAGGAAAUCGAGACUUGGGUUUCUGCCCUUAAUCGUUACGAUAAUAAUGAAUUUGAUGAAGCCUUAAAGGAGUUCGAUGUUAUUGCAGAUACUUCGAAGAUUCUUUUCAAUUGUGGUGUUAUUCAUGCGACAUUGGGAGAACAUGAGAAAGCGGUUAGUUCUUUCCAUUCCUUACAAAGAACUCAAUUAUAUGUGCAGAGUCUAAUUCACUACAGGUCGAAUGUUAUCAAAAAGCCGUUCGUCUGGAUCAAUACCUGGCCGUAGCAUAUUUUCAACAAGGUGUUUCGAAUUUCUUGGUUGGAGAUUUCGAAGAAGCUUUGGCAAACUUCAAUGAUACUUUAUUAUAUCUGAGAGGAAACAACAUGAUCGAUUAUGCCCAACUCGGUCUUCUCUUCAAGCUAUAUUCAUGCGAAGUGUUAUUUAAUCGUGGAUUGUGUUACAUAUAUUUACAACAAAAGGAAGCGGGACUACAGGAUUUCUCUUUCGCUGUAAAAGAGAAGGUUGUUGAGGAUCACAAUGUUAUUGAUGAGGCAAUUCGUGAUGAAGCAGAGGUAUGUUUUUUAUUUGAGGUUUAUUGAAGUUCUACUAACAUCCUCAUAGGGUUAUACCGUUUUCUCUAUUCCCGUUGGAGUGGUUUAUAGGCCUAAUCAAGCCAAGGUCAAGAACUUGAAGACCAAAGAUUAUCUGGGAAAAGCACGUUUAGUUGCAGCUUCAGAUCGUGCUAAUGCUUUUACUGGAUUUGCUGGUUCAGAAAUCAAGAAUGUAAGUAAUACUGUUGUUUGUUCCAACGUGUGACACUAAUUGUUUCAGGCGGGUAUAAUACAACCGAAGGACGACCGUCCAACAGAGAAUCUUUCAUACGCUGCGGCGAACCUCGUAAAGCCAGGUCUGGCUAGUAAGAGGCAACAAUCAGAACCUCCUCUAAACCGAAACGUAUUUCCACCCACGCCACCUCCUGAGUCAGAGAAAUCUUCUGGGCCUCCUCCUAUGAGUCGUGGAGCUUCUGUUCGUAACGGACCUAAACCCAUGCUAGCUAAACUCAAUAUCGAAAAAGCACGUCCUAAUGAAGGUUAUGAGAUUCGUGAGCGUGACGAUGUGAGAAGUCCUCCGGAUGCAAGAAGCCCACCAGAUGCAAGGAGUCCUCCAGAUGCUCGACCUAGACGUGGAACUCAACGAACAGCAUCAGAACCAAGGGGACCAUCAUCAAUGCAAUAUUCCAAUAAAAGAUCCGAAUCACGCUCAAGACAACCACCAAGAAGAAUGCAACCGACUCAAGAGGAAGAUGAUUACCCUGAAGAUCUUUAUGAUAUGUAUAGUUCACCAAAUCGACGAUCGAAUAACUCUAGGCGCAACACACGAAACAGAUAUAAUGAAGGAGAAAGUGAAUAUGCAAGCGAUUACGAUGAAGGUUCCUUUGACGAAGAUGAAUUCGAAAUGGUCUCUAGUCGCCCACCUCCUAGAUCACGUACAACAUCAUCAAUUAAUGGUGGGAAUGGUCGAGCUGGUUCUCGCCAACCCGAUGUUCGCAAAGUUCGUGUAAAGGUUCACGCUGAGGAUGUCCGAUAUAUUAUGAUAGGCUCGGCUAUCGAAUUCCGCGAUUUUCAAGAAAAAAUAAAGGAGAAGUUUGGGUUGCGUGAUCGAUUCAAGAUUAAAGUUCGUGAUGAGGAUGUUCCAAAUGGUGAUAUGAUUACUAUGGGUGAUCAAGAUGAUUUGGAAAUGGUAUUAAUGAGCGUAAAAGCAAACGCAAAGAAAGAACGUUUAGAAAUGGGAAAAUUGGAAGUGAGUUUUUCGCCUUUUUUUUUCCUUGUCUUUUUGAAAUUAUCACACUUGCUAACAUGACAUUAGAUUUGGGUAGUAAAGGCAUAAGUGAUGUGAGGAUAAGCUAAGAUAAUGAAUAUUGACGAUUAUGUACUUUUUUUCCUUUCUUUUCUGUUUCUGUUUUCUGGUAUAAUAAUACAGAAAUAGAAAUCUUAUUUAUUUUUGGGAGUGGAAGGAAGGAAGAAAGAAAGCGAGAUAAUUGUUUGUUUGCUUGCUUGCUUGCUCGAGAGAAAAUCUUUCUUCGAUACCUAUGAUAUGAUAUGAUACCAGUAAAUAUCCUCUUUAGCGAAUAUAAAUGAAAUGAAAUGCAUUG